AUGGUCACAUGGGAGUCUUGCAAAGUUCCUGAUAACCAGAGUCAGCAUGAGGAAGUGAUGGCAGAAAUAGAAGAAGAAGCGAACAAGAUUUGCAUCGAGGAACAUACGCGUGUAAAAUUAAUUCGAUUCAGUAACAACCUAAUCGGAAUCCUCAAUUUCCUAACCCUACUCCUCUCAAUCCCAAUUCUAGUCAUGGGAGUAUGGCUCCACAAACAAUCCACCACUGAAUGCGAACGCUUCUUAGAAAAACCCAUUAUUGCCCUUGGCGUUUUCCUCUUGGUUGUUUCUCUCAUGGGUUUAAUCGGUGCUUGUUGCAGAGUCUCAUGGCUUCUGUGGUUCUAUCUUCUCGUCAUGUUCUUGCUUAUUGUUCUUCUUUUCGCUUUCACGAUCUUUGCGUUUGUUGUUACUAACAAAGGUGCGGGUGAAGCUUUGUCGAAUCGGGGGUAUAAGGAGUAUAGGCUUGGGGAUUAUUCGAAUUGGUUGCAGAAUAAGGUUACGAAUGGGAAUACUUGGGAGAGGAUUAGGGGUUGUUUGGAAUCGGGGAAGCUUUGCUCUGAAUAUCAUUUCAAGUUUUUGAAUGAUAAUAUUGAGAAAUUUCAUGCUGAACAGUUGUCUGCUCUUCAGAAAAAGUGA